AUGGAUUACAAGCGUCUUUCACAGGAUUCGUCGGACGACAUUCUUAAUCACAAAAAAUCAUCAAAACUCGAUGUAUUCAUUUCUUAUACUCGACGUUGGGGCAACUCGGUUCUAUUUCUUAUUCAAAUACUGCUGAUUAGCGUGUAUCUCAGCCUCAUAGCAUUCAACACAGGCGCGCUGUCUACGAGUUCGACCGCGAAGCAGUAUGGACGAAAUUAUAACUACAUGUCGAUAGAGCAUCAAUUUGACCCUUUAUGGAUGGAUAGCGCUAUCAUGAAAGCUGGCACUAUAAUUGUAAAAGAGCAUGGUGGGCGUCACAACGACGUUGAGUUUGGUGCGAUCAGCAUGUUUCAUCAAUUACAUUGUUUAGCGAAAAUUCGUGAGGCGCUACAAGCUGGACAUGAAGGCCGACUUGUCCCAACAGACUGGCAUCUUGACAGACAUUGGCCUCAUUGCUUAGACUAUCUGAGACAGACAAUACUAUGCCAUGCAGAUGGGCAGAUUGAACAGGAACAGCUAUUUAAUGGUACGGACAUAUUCAUUGAUGGGACUGUGGACACUCGUCAGUGUGGUGACUCCAGUGGACUCUACGCUCUAUUCGAAGAAAGAGGACAGUCAUAA